UUUUUUUUUUUUUAAUAGUAGAGAAUAGUUUAUUCAGGGCAGAGGGAAGGGAGUUGAGAGGGUAGGAGAGAGAGAAAGAGGGAGGGGAGUAUAGGCUGGCUAUGAGCUUGUGGAGAGAGGUUGGGAGGGAAAUGGGGAGAGAGGGGGAGCAGGAGGAGAGGACAGGGCAAGAGUGGAAGUAAAAUUCCCUGACACACACUUUACUGGAUGUCUUUUGGAUGGUAAGAGCUCGUGCUGAAGAGCAUCUGCAAACUGCAGAAGGACCUUAUUGUUUCUGGUGUUUAGUGUGUGACGAGUAAUUUAUUCCUGGUGCUUUCCAUGUUGUUGAUUGUUAAAACCUUCUAACCUCGGUCUCUUCUCAGGGUUUUCCUUGGGAUUGUAGCUCAGUAGCUGUGUUCUCUGUCUGUUUAUGAAUUCGCUGUCAUUUGCAGAUUGUUUCUGCAUUGCUCUGGAUUUGCGUUGUCCUGGUUUGGAGAGUGGAUGGAGGUCAGUUGUAACUAAGGAUGGUUGUUUCUCUGCUCAGUUCAUCACUUAUUCUCUUUGUAUUAGUACAAAUUUUGCCUUAAGGUUUUUUUUUUUUCCCCCAGAUCUGAGGACAGAACCCAGGGCUUGCUAGGGGAGCACUCUACCACUGAGCUAAAUCCCCAACCCCAAGGUUGUUUUUUCUUGUAUUAUCAUGACAGAUAGUCAUGAUAGUCAGAAUAGUAUUGGCCCCUCCCUCCACCCCCUCCUAAGGCUUUGGCCUCUCAAGCGCUGGCUAGUUAAGCAGGCCUCAGCUUUCUCAUAAUUCAGAGGGCUGGGUUUACUUGGUACCUUUGUGAAGAGUCUCUUCUAUGUCUCCUUCAAUUUCAAGUAAGGGCCUAGCCUUGAAAGGGAGUAGCAUCAGUGUGAGCAUGGCACCAGCAAAGCUACUGCAGGUCUGCCCUGUAGACCUUCAGAGACUCCUAGGCCCAAGCUGAGCACAGGGAGAGUAGAUCAGCACAGUCUGUGAAACAGAGGCAGUUGUACUGCUUGCAGAAACGGAAGUGGAGUCAGGGAGAUAGGAAAGCCCAUCGUUGGAGAGAGUGUGUCAGUGGGGGGCGGGGGGGGGGGGGAACUGCCUCUGAGCACCUGGUAACGGGAACUAACUUUCAGAGCCUCGCUGCCUUCUGGGGCAGAGUCAUGAGAUGAAUAUACAUUUUUAAAAAUUUUAAACAUUUAAAAAUUAUUUCACAGUUUUAUUAUUUAUUUUGAUUAUGCUCCUUCUAAGUCUCCUUCCUACUUUCAUGUCUUUUUGGGGUUUGCAUGAGCAUGAGUGAGGGAUUUACUUGAUUAAGGCAGUGACACAGUGGCUCCAGCCCGGCAACCAUUAACUCCUGUUGCUUCUCAGGAGUGAGACCACAUGGACUCCCUAUCAUGGAUGCUUAGUAUGCCUAGACUUGUGGGAAUCUUUUUUUUUUUUUUUUGUUAGCACUUUCCAGACUUUAUUACUCUUCCUCAAUAUUUAAUUUUAGAAAUUUAUUUUAUUGUGUGUGCCUGUAUGUUUAUAUGUCUGUAUACUCAGGCUUGUGUGUCAGAGGAAACCUUUUAGGAAUUUGGUCCUCUCCUGCUAAUCCCAGGAUUGAGUUCCGGCCUUCAGGCUUGUGUGGCACAAGCAGUUUUACCACCAAGUCACCUUUAGGUUUAGACUCGGUAUAUCCUUACCGCCCUAUGGUCUGAAGGAUGGAAACACAGCAUGGCUCCACACAAAUAUAAGGCAGCAGUUCAUUUUUUGUGAUUCAUUUUUGUUUUAUGUGCAUUGAUGUUUUGCCUGGAUAUAUGAAUUCCCUGUACCUGGAAUUACAAACGGUUUCGAGCUGCCAUGUGGGUGCUGGGAAUUGAACCUGGGUCCUCUGGAGGAGCAGCCAGUGCUCUUAACCUCAUGAGCCAUCUCUCCAGCACCGGCAACUAAUUUUUAAAAAUAGUUCUUACGCGGCUGGAGAAGGCUCAGCAGCCAACUCUGCUUUUCCAGAGGUUCUGGGUUUACUUCCCCGCACCCACAUGGCAGCUAACAGUAGUGUGGACCAUCAACCCCAGGGAUUCUCUUCUGGCAUGUGUAGGCAUAAGCACAGUGCACAGACAUCCAGGUAAAAUACCAUAUACAUAAAAUAAAAACAUACCUCAAGUAAAACCAGGUGUACAGAUGGCUAUGUAAAGGAUUUGUCAAGUAAAAGAAAGUUUUUGUUGGAAUCUAGGAAGUGCUAUAUUCCUAACUUACUGUGUCACCAAGGUUAAGGGCCUCAUGCUAGGUUUGUAAUGAAAUCAGGAGCGGCGUCUCACAGUCACAUCUUCUGUGGCUGCUGUUAUUAGGAAUCAUCUUUGGUUUCCCUUGUGGGUUUUUUUGGUUGGUUUCUGGUCACAGUGUGUUCAAGUAUAGAGACACAAAAGAGAUUAAUUCUAUCUUGGAAGAUACGUUUGGGAGGAGUUUGUGGUCCAGAGUGAAAAAAUGAGUUAUUGGGCUGGGUGUGGUGACACACAUCUUUAAUUCCAGCACUCUGGAGGGGAAUCUCUGUGAGUUUGAGGCCAGCCUGGUCGUCUAUAGACUUCAGGACAGACAAGGCCUUUCUCUCUCCCCUCCUCCCCCUCCCCCUUCUCUCUCCCUCCCAGAGAGGGGGGAGGAGAAAAGAGAGAGAAAAACAAAACAAACAAGCUAGUGAGUUACGUAGGUGAGAGAUGAACUGUCCCGUGAUGUUUUAAGGAAAGAAAACAGCGUGAGAAGGUGUGGGAGAGAAGGCAGACCAUCAGAACUUAGUACGUUGAGAGGAUAGCCUGUCUAAAAGGGAGAAUGUGGGAAUUCUUCCUAAGAGAGACAGUGGGGUGCAUUUGAGAGUCUUCAAACAUUGGUGGCUUGGAAGAUGACUGGUCCUGUUGUUCCUGGAGCUCGACUGUGAAGGCCUGUGGUGUGGGCGGGAGUGGGAGAUGGCAGUCUCCAGGCCUAGAUAAAGUAGACAUGGGGCCACGGAGUUGCCGAGUCCACUUUUAGAUAUCGUGCACAUUUGGUGACAAUUCAGUGGAAACUGUCUGGGGAGAUUGGAGAAUGUACAGGUUGGGUUACAGUUCAUAUAUGGUUAUUAAUAGUGCCCCAUAGGGUAUAGACGUGUUUGAUGAAUGAUACAGGUUCUGUAGGUAUCCUCAAUACAUAAGAAUAGUGUGGGUAAGGAUAAUCCCAUGAAAGACCUACAGUUGCAGAGAAUUACAUACAUAAAAGCAGUUAAAGAAUAAACAGUGUCUGACCCCACUGCUUUGGAGAAUGGACAAGACUUACAUCCCCCUAAAUUUUGUGUAGAAACUAAAAUAAGCACAUACUUUCUCUGUAAAGAAGCAUCCUUUAUGGUGUGAGUAGAGACAGAGUUAUAGGCCAUGCCAGAGGCUGAGUUAGAGGCUCGGAGGCGGAAGGAUCUGAUUGUAGCACUGUCGAGUGCAGCACGUGGAAGACAGAUUAACAGGGAUACAGAUAAACCCGAAGGAAAACAGUCGGUUGACGGACUUUUUAAAAAGUUUUUGCAAUUAUAUUUUCAUUUGUCCAUUUUGUAUUUGUAGCGUUCUGCAUAUGCCAUGGUUUGUGUGUAGUUGGAAGUUUGAGAGGAAGUUCUAGGAAUUUGUUCUCUCCUUCCACUAUGUGGGCCCUGAGGGUUGAACUCAGGUAGUCAACUUUAAUGGUAGGUGCCUUUGUCUGUUCAGCCAUCAAGCCGGGCCCUAGGUUGAUGAACUUUAAAAACAAAAACUGUUGGUAUAGAAAUACAAAUGGAGGGCUGGAGAGAUGGCUCAGAGGUUAAGAGCACCGACUGCUCUUCCAGAGGUCCUGAGUUCAAUUCCCAGCAACCACAUGGUGGCUCACAGCCAUCUGUAAUGAGAUCUGAUGCCCUCUUCUGGCCUGCAGGCAGACAUGCAGGCACAACACUGUAUACAUAAUAAAUACAUAUUAAAAAAAAAAAAGAAAUACAAAUGGAGACUGAUGGAGGAAUAGGUUUCUGCAGGGUUGGUUGUACGGCUGCUGUUUGUGGGAACCAGGGAGCCAAGUGGUGGGGUGGAGUGGGGCAUAGUGUGGUAACGGUGACGGUAAAAGCAGAUUGGAUUUUUUCAACCAUUUUAUAGAUGAAAUUAAAGUUUAGAAAGGCAUGAGGAGCACUGUUGCGAAGCAGGACAGGAAAGCUGGUAAAAAUUAACUAACAAAUGACAGUUGGGUGAGGAGGCCUUCUCUGUCAUUCAGAAGACUGAGUGAAAGGAACCACCUAACUGUACAAAAGAUAUAACGUUUCUGACGCUCCUCCUGUUUGAACAUCCUUACUUCACCCCCUCUCCCCUCAACAGGGUUUUCUAUAUAACAGGCCUAGAAACUUGCCCUGUAGACCAGGCUGCCCUUGAACCCACUGAGAUCUGCCUGCCUCUGCUUCCCAAGUUAAAGGCAGCCAUCACGGUGCCGAGCUGUUUCGGGGAUUUUUAAAAGGUAACCAGGCCUAGCAAUGGUAAUGUUAUAGAAGGGAAGGCAUGUAGGCCUCCCAAGGAGUGACACUGACAGUGGGUAUAAAAUUCUUCCGGAAUCGCUCACUGUUUCCGGAACUAAACAAACGUGAUGGUUUGGAGAGAACAUGGACAUCCUUCCUGCAUCACUGCGACAGGCUGUGCGGCUCCACUGCCUUAACAUGGUGUUUACCUCAGGUUUUAUCUAGACAUAGUAAAGUAAGAACUUAAAGAGACUCUCUUUGCAAUAAUGGUGGUUCAAGCACAAUCUCAUUCUGAAACAUCCAGUCAAAAAGCGUAGCGUGCUUGGGGUGUGGAGUGAGCUUCCACUUACAGUAGCACGCUGAUUAAAGCACAUGGCGACACUGAUGAUGCUCGGGGCAAGAAAGUGGGCUUAAAAUUGUGGAAGCAGCAGUAAGGCGGACAGCCUGUGCCUCGUUGGGUCCUUCAGUAAGUGUGCAUCAAGGGGAGAAGGGCUGUGUUAGCCGGUGGGAACAGGCUCCCAGGGUCCCCACAUGCCAUGCCUGACUCGCCUGGGCUUUGCGUGGAUUAUUUAAUUAAUUCUCCACAAGUAGAAAUACUUAUCCCCAUUUUAUAGAUGAGGAAAUAGAGGCUUUAGAGAGUAUGGGCAGUUUCCUGAAGAGCCCAUGGUUUUUGAAAGUGAAGUGUUUCUAAGUCCCAUGCAGAGAUGUUUCUCUUUUGAAAUGAGGGGAGCCUUUACUAAAACAGUUUCCCUGUAGCCCCUGCGCUGGGCCCUGUAAUUUACCUCAGAAUUCUCAAGGUAAGUUUUAUUAUUCUAGCAGUUUAAUUUUAUUAUGUCUAUGGGAUGAGGAUAUAUGCUUAAAUUAGGAAAAUCCCUUAACACUGGGAGAGAACUUUCCUACUUUUAUUUUUUCCUUACGUUUUUUUCAUAUUUUAACUCUAUUGCUGUAGUCAGCAUUUUAAACCAUUGUUUUGUUUCUAGGAAAUAUGCGUGCAUGUGUGCAUGCUUACCCUCCCACCCCCGACAUUAUUGAGGUCUGCUUUGAAAUUCUGACAUCUUAUAGGUUUCCAGUGAUAACAGUUUUAAUUUUAGUAUGUGGACUUUUUAUUACAAAUGUAUAUUGUAAUUAAAAAAAUAGAGUGAAAAUACUUUUUAAGAACAGACAAAAGAGCCUUUCCCACGAAGUGAGAACACCGGGGUUACUCAGUGGAGAUACUAAGUUGCUGGUGUGGUUUAAGGCAGCUCGCUAUAUUUACCGUGUCUUUUGCCUUUGCUGUGCUCUUUUCACUCUGGCCUGUAAGUUCUUCUCCUACCUAACUUGGUUCCAACAACCAUCUUUUAAUUAAAUUGAAGUUGCACUUAAAUUUCUGAUGUAGGUGGCGUUGCCAGUCCUUCCUAAAAGGACAAGAAUAUCCUCUCUGCACGGUACCUGGGUGUUGCUGUUCACUGUGUUCUGUGAAGGAGGAGGGGAAAGUGAGGUGUAAAGAAGUCUUUCUGAGAACAUUAGGGACCGAUGUUAAAUUUGAUUAAAAACAAUCAGGAAAUUAUAACAUUUUAAUCAUUGAGUUGAGGUUUUGGCUUAAUAUUUCAUUCUUAAGUGACAGAAAUGAUUCACUGAGCCAUAUUUUUUAGGGCCAAUCAAAUAGAAGCAGCCAGGGGUUGCAUAUCUGUUCAUUGCAGAUUGAAACAUUGUAAUUUAGGCUUCUCAAAUUAUUUAGUAUAUUGAGUUUAGCUGUUAGCAUUUCAUGUUUGUGUUGUAAUUUGUUCAAUUUGAAACCUUUUAAUAAAACCCGGGUAGUUCUACCUUAAAAAAAAAAGGACACCCCUCUGCUUAAAGGAAGUGGUGCUUCCUGCUUUCAUAAACAGUCAUGUGCAUAGCUUAGCAAGGCCUGUGCUCUGGAGCGCCGUCCCUUUACAGCACCAUUGAAUCCCAGCCCGAACAGAAGUACUGUGAAUCCUGUGGCCUCAUUCUGAACAAAAGGGAUUAGGGAAGAAAAAUCUCUUGAUAUAAGGCUUGUAAGCAAGGGCGGGCAAUCUUGGUUGUGAAUAUUUUCUGAUUUUUCCAGAAAUCAAGCAGAAGAUUGAGCUGCUGAUGUCAGUUAACUCUGAGAAGUCGUCCUCUUCAGAAAGGUACAGCUACAUCUCUUGCAUGAACAAUUAAUGGGGCAACAUUGCCAAGAAACAAACAGGACUUACCUUUCCCUUGUCAAGUUUGCUAUGGAACGUGUUGUACUGCAUGCUGGCGUUGUGCUGGAUUGAAGAUGUGUAUUUGGGCAAGCCGUUCUGCUUUGCGAGGGGAAAUUGAUUUUUUUAGAAAAACAGUCAGUCUAAUCAGCUGCAGCAUGCGCACCAUAACACAGCAGAUCGCUGGCUCAAGUGUGGCAGCUGCUGAAAGCUUAAAAAAUAAUUUAACCAAAAAAAAAAAAAAUCUUGCUUUUUAAAGGACGUAAUGAGAUUUUUGUUCUUGUAUUCUGAGGUUGCUGGUAUAUAGAAUUCCCAAGGUUAUUUGUAAAUAUCUAGCUUAAACAGUUGAUUUUUUUCCCUGUAAUAAGUCUAUAUAUAUUUUUAAUGAACAAAGGGAGUGCCAUUUGUACGUAGCUUAGGAAUGCAAACCCACAGAUUAGUCACAUCUGAAAAAGAGAUCUGAUGUUUCUUCAAGUGUCUGCCAGGGAAGAGUCCCUGCAUGCAGUGAUGGUUCACGCCUGCAGGCCGGAGCCUCAACAGAAAGCUCCUUUAGUUCCUCCUCCUCCACCACCGCCACCGCCACCACCACUGCCAGACCCCGUGCCUCCAGAGCCAGAGGAGGAGAUUCUGGGGUCAGAUGAUGAGGAGCAGGAGGACCCCGCGGAUUACUGCAAAGGUGGCUAUCAUCCAGUGAAAAUCGGAGACCUCUUCAAUGGUCGCUAUCAUGUCAUUAGGAAGCUAGGAUGGGGGCACUUUUCCACCGUCUGGCUAUGCUGGGAUAUGCAAGGGAAGAGGUUUGUCGCCAUGAAAGUUGUAAAAAGUGCACAGCAUUAUACAGAGACAGCCUUGGAUGAAAUUAAAUUGCUCAAAUGUGUUCGAGAAAGUGACCCCAGUGACCCAAACAAAGACAUGGUAGUCCAGCUAAUCGAUGACUUCAAGAUCUCAGGCAUGAAUGGGAUACAUGUCUGCAUGGUCUUCGAAGUACUUGGUCACCAUCUCCUCAAAUGGAUCAUCAAGUCCAACUAUCAAGGCCUCCCAGUCCGCUGUGUGAAGAGUAUCAUUCGACAGGUCCUUCAGGGCUUAGACUAUCUACACAGCAAGUGCAAGAUAAUCCACACUGAUAUCAAGCCGGAGAACAUCCUGAUGUGUGUGGACGGCGCGUACGUGCGGAGAAUGGCGGCCGAGGCUACGGAGUGGCAGAAAGCAGGUGCUCCUCCUCCUUCUGGGUCUGCAGUGAGUACGGCUCCACAGCAGAAACCUAUAGGAAAAAUAUCUAAAAACAAAAAGAAAAAGCUAAAAAAGAAACAGAAGAGGCAGGCUGAGUUGCUGGAGAAGCGCCUGCAGGAGAUUGAGGAAUUGGAGAGAGAAGCCGAAAGGAAAAUCCUAGAAGAGAACACCACCUCUGCAGAAGCUUCCAGUGAGCAAGAUGGAGAAUGCCAGCCUGAGGUGAAACUGAAAGAGGCCGAGUUAGAGGACACAACUGAGGAAGAGACAGCAAAGGACAAUGGUGAAGUUGAAGACCAGGAAGAGAAAGAAGACACAGAGAAGGAAAACACUGAGAAGGAUGAAGAUGAUGUUGAACAGGAACUUGAGAACAUAGACCCUACGUGGAUGGAGUCCCCUAAGGCCAACGGCCAUAUUGAAAAUGGCCUGUUUUUACUGGAGCAGCAGCUGGAGGAUGAAGAGGAUGAGGAAGAUGACUGUGCAAACCCCGAGGAGUAUAACCUGGAUGAACCAAAUGCGGAGAGUGAUUAUACGUAUAGCAGCUCCUAUGAACAAUUCAAUGGUGAAUUGCCAAACGGACAGCCUAAGAGUCCAGAGUUUCCCACACCGCUGUUUUCUGGGCCCUUAGAACCUGUGGCCUCUGACUCUGUGCUGUCAGAGGGAUCACCACUCACCGAGCCAGAGGAAAGCAGUCCAUCCCGUGACAGAAGCAGGACAGUUUCAGCCUCCAGUACUGGAGACUUGCCAAAAACAAAAACCCGGGCAGCUGACCUGUUGGUGAACCCUCUGGAUCCACAGAAUGCAGAUAAAAUUAGAGUAAAAAUUGCUGACCUGGGAAAUGCUUGUUGGGUGCAUAAACAUUUCACAGAGGAUAUCCAAACACGUCAGUAUAGGUCCAUAGAGGUUUUGAUAGGAGCAGGCUACAGUACACCUGCAGACAUUUGGAGUACAGCAUGCAUGGCAUUUGAGCUGGCAACAGGAGACUAUUUGUUCGAACCGCAUUCUGGGGAAGACUAUUCCAGAGAUGAAGACCACAUAGCCCACAUCAUAGAGCUGCUAGGCAGUAUCCCAAGGCACUUUGCUCUGUCUGGAAAAUACUCCCGGGAGUUCUUCAACCGCAGAGAUCACAUAGCAUUGAUCAUUGAACUGCUGGGGAAAGUCCCUCGAAAAUACGCUAUGUUGGGGAAAUAUUCCAAGGAGUUUUUCACCAGAAAAGGAGAACUGCGGCACAUCACCAAGCUGAAGCCCUGGAGCCUCUUUGAUGUUCUUGUGGAAAAGUAUGGCUGGCCCCAUGAAGAUGCUGCACAGUUUACAGAUUUCCUGAUCCCAAUGUUAGAGAUGGUUCCAGAAAAACGAGCCUCAGCUGGCGAAUGCCUUCGGCAUCCUUGGUUGAAUUCUUAGCAGAUUCUACAAAUAUAGCAUUCUGAGCUAGCAAAUUUUUCCCAGUACAUUGGACCUAAACAGUGGCUCUCAUUCUUUAACAGGAUUACAAGUGAGCGGGCUCCACCCAGACCUUUGUUUUGCUUUGAGGUACUGUUGUUUGACACUUCGCUUCCUGUGCACCACGGUCCUGGGGAAGGGUGGUCUUUGUCUUCAGCUAAGUAGUUUACUCGCCAUUUUCUUCUGGAAACAAUAACAUGUCUCUAAGCAUUGUUUCUUGUGUUGUGUGACAUUCAAAUGUCAUUUUUUUUUUGAACGAAAAAUACUUUCCCCUUUGUGUUUUGGCAGGUUCGUUAACUAUUUAUGAAGACACAUUUUAGCUGAGUAUUCUAUAAUUUACACUCUUAAGAAAUUAUCAGUUGGAACCAAGAAAGAGCAAGGGAAUGUACAAUGUUCUCUUCUGGCGAGGGGAAGUCAGUCCCCCUGUAUUAUAUGUAUGUAACCAUUCAUCUGCACAGAUAGGGCGAGGAGUCCCGCGCGGAAAGCCGCCCGCCCUGAGCUUCUUAGCCUCCACUGCAUGUUUCGGGUUUCCCACUGCUUCAAGAAGUUGCACAAACUUUUCAUCCCGUAGCAGUCCGAGUGGCUCUGGAUUAGGUGCCAUGCCCUCUGUGGCCCAGCAAGAGAGAAAAACAUUAAAAUUGACACUAUAAUCUAGCAGUUCCAUUUGUAUUUUGCAUAUUUUUAAAACUAUGUUUAAAAACAUGUGAUGGCCCAGUACCAUCUAGUGUUGCCUCUUCCCAGCACUGUAAGUUAAAUGCGUUGUUUAAAUUGGACAAGAGAAAUAUGUUCAGUGUGUGGAAUGAAAAAAAUAAUAUAUUUUCGGAAAAGCAUGAUCAGUGUUUGUUUAAAACACAAGGUGUGUUUCUACAGUUUGCAGCGCAGUGGACAGAACACGCCUCACAGCUUACAGGUAGCCGUGAUCAUGUUCAUUCCACCGGCAGCUUUACUUGCUACUGCGGCUCCCCUUGCCUUUUCAUUACCGCCCAUGAAUGAGAAGGUCAUUUCCCCUUUGCAGAGCGCAUACAGUUUUAGUUUAUGCAUUUCCUUAAAAUUAACUGUAGAAUCCAGGACGCAGACAUUAGUAGGCAAUACUAUUUUAGAGUGUCUCAUAGGAGGUGUAUUUAACCUCUUUUAGAAGUCAGUGGAUUGAAUGUCUUUUUUAAAAAAUUUUUAUUCAUUAAGGUGCCUCGUUUUUUCUUGACUUUGUCCAUUAACAUUUAUCCAUUUGCCUUUGCAAUAAUUAGAUUGUGAAAAGCUAACAAGUGUUGUAACAAUAAUCCUUUGUUUGGGGUGCUUGCACUUGUCUUAAAAAUUAAAGUGUUUUGGGGUGUUUUUCCAGA